GGAGGGCGCGGUCCCGGGCCGGCGGGCCGCUAUGGCCAUGGCGGCGCUGGCGGCGGCGCUGCGCGAGUGGGCGGCGGCGGCGGCGCGGCGGGACGCGGCCUGGCGGGCGGCGCUGCCCGCGUGGGCGGCGCUGCUGGGGUCGCUGGCCGGGCUGGCGGCGCAGAUGCGGGCGGCGCGGCGGCUGGCGUGGGGCGGCGCGGCGCUGGCGGCCUUCGGCGACCUGCGGCCGCGGCUGUGGCGGAAGCAGCGCGGCGCGGCCGAGGCGCUGCUGGAGCAGCUCGGCGAGCGGCGGGCGGAGCUGCGGGCCGUGCGGGACGCCGUGGGGGCCGGCGCGGCCGCCGUGCUGCGGCUGUACGAGGAGCGGGCGGCGGAGCUGGGGCUGGCGGCGGCGCUGCGGCGCGGGCCGCGCUGCCCGUCGCUGGCGGACGCGCUGGAGGCGCUGCAGGAGGUGGAACGCUACUACCGGCACCUGUACCUGGAGAGCAAGCUUCUCCUCCGCGUCAGCUGCGACAGCCUGGCGGACAUGGAAGCCCUCCCGCAGUCUUGGGAGAGCAUCUUGGAGCGCUACAAGGAGGACGUCGUUCAAGAUGCACUUCUUAAGAUCUCUCUGUUUGUGGACAACCAGCGAGAGCUGUGCUGCUCACCAGGCUCCUAACGGGGAACAGGAGGGACAGAUGCUGACCAGCUUCUACGAGAGUCUGGUAUGUUCUGAGAUGGUCACCUCAGAAGAUGAUGAACUGAGGAAGCUUUUCUGGUGCUUUUGGAAGGAGAAUGCAUCGGGUACUUGGCCUCAGCAGGAAAUGUCUCAUUUUCAAGUGGAAAUGGAGUCGGUGACUGAAGAGGAGGCUGAGCUGAACAAACCAGGAAGGUAGAAGGGAGUCAUCUUCAGCUACAGAAGUCAUCCUUUCUUUUGCCUGCCACGGAUAUUUUGUGUGCUAUAAAAAAAACACUGAGACUUACUGACUUACAAAGCAGUGGGGAGGUGGGCCGCAAAUAAGUGAGCAUAACGUAAGGUCCAGCGGGCUGAUACCGUGUAAGGAAGAGCUUUACAUACCAUCCUUACAGCUAAAUAAAAGAUGUAAAUGGAGGCUCAAA